CGAUUUUCUGUGUACGUCAGCUUCUCACGUACACAUGUUGCUACAGCCCCCAUCAAGUACAAUUCAAAGGCAAACCAAAGGCAUGGUUCGCCCGCCGCCCGCCGCAGUCAGUGCGAGUAAGUAAAACCGCGCGGUAAUCGACGCUAGGUGGAAAUUUUCCCCCCAGCAAAUAGUGCACCAGUGGGAAAAUCCAACCAGGCAGCUUGUGAGUUUGUGCAGUGUGAAAAUUGCAUCAUUUCCGGCUCCAGAGACGUACUUUCAGCCGGUGAAACUACGCAGCAUUCGGUUUGCUUUCGGUAGCCGCCUCUUGAGCGGUACCCACAUAUUGGUGAACGAAUUUUAAUUGGUUAAAUAGUUCGAGAUGGUGUAAAUUUCUUCGCAGCAUUAUCAGCAGAAACGGCUUUGGAAGCUGAGCCUUGAGUUUCGACGAUGAUUAACACUAGUUGAGCCGAGUGGAACUGCGAGUGAUCAAAGUGCAAAAAACUUUGGAACAAAGUUGGAAGACGGUUUUGUGCGCGUCGGAAUAAAUAUCAUUUCCCUUCGGAAAAGGCAGUGCAAGUGCAGUUAACGACAGAAUGGAUAAGAAGUACAGCGUAGUCUUUAUUCGGCACGGCGAGAGCGAGUGGAACAAGAUGAACCUCUUCUGCGGCUGGCACGACGUCGGACUCAGCGAAGAAGGUGAAUGGGACGCACUGGAAAUCUCGGCCGCCUCCCUGAAGCGCGAGAACUUCACCUUCGACGUUGCCUUCACGUCUUGCCUGCGCCGAGCCAACCAAACCCUCGAGGUCGUUCUCCGAGAGCUGAACCUCACCCACAUCCCGGUCCACCAGCUGUGGCGUCUGAACGAACGCCACUACGGUGCCCUGACCGGAUUCAACAAACGUCAGAUGGCCGACAUUUACGGCGAACCGCAGGUCCAGGUGUGGCGCCGUAGCUUCAACGUCCCCCCACCGCCGAUCGAACCGGACAAUCCGUACUACAGUGCUAUUCGGAACAAUCCCAAACUGCGGCACAUUGCCGAGACGGACUUCCCGCUGACGGAAACGCUGGAAACCACCAUGCAGCGAGUGGUUCCGGAAUGGACCGAUACCAUAAUACCGGAGGUGCGCGCCGGAAAGAAGGUCCUGGUUGUGGCCCACGGAACGAGCCUGCGGGGUCUCGGCAAGCAUAUUCAAGAUAUUUCAGAUGCCGACAUCAUGAAGUUCAACCUGCCGAACAGUAUUCCGUUCAUCUUCGACUUCGACGAGAACAUGAAGAUGGUCGGUGGCAUCCGGUUUCUGGCGAACCAGGAGGACGUCCUCAAGGCCAUGGAAAAAGUGGCCUCGAUCGGAAAGUAAAUGCAUAAUGGGAAAUCCGUCGGGCCGAGCCUACAAUGAGACUCAGGAAGCGAGCGAGGGGGAGAAUAUGAGGCAGCGAGAGCGAGCGAGAGAGAUCGACAGAGACUGUGUCUUCUUUUUGGGAUUGCUGGUAGAAGUAAGCGCAACGGGAACUCGACCUACCUCAUUUUUGUUUGAUCCACUUCGCCACUUCCGAAAUGCGGGGGGCUGAUGCUACUGAAAACUAGUAUGGAAUAUUUAUAUUAUGUGUAGAAAUAAUCGUAAAUCCAGUAUUCUCAAACGGCGUGUAUAUUAUUCAUCAGAAGCCACUUGAUUAUCUAAUUUAUUGCGGUGCACCUCGAAGAUUGUCCAUGGACUCCUCCAUGCAUGUUUUGUUAAGUUUUAAUCUGAAGUGGGUUAGAGUUUAAUUUUUGUUUAAGAACAUAUAUACCUAUGUUAAAUCCAUAU